CACACACACACACACACACAGAGUCACCCGCGCGCGCACACACACGCAUGCUCGCGCGCUCAUUGCCGAGCGGUGCUGCUUGCUAGAAGUGCGUCAGGCUCCGACGGAAAGCCACAGCGCAGCGGCGGCGCGCACCGAGGAAGAGACCGAUAGAGAGAGGAAGACAGGAAAAAAAAGAGAGAGAGAGAGUGUGAGUGUGUGUGUGUGUGUGUGAGGAGUGAACCCAGAUUUAAACAGCAUCUCUUUGUUUUCGUUCUUGUUUUCUCUCUCUCUCUGUUUGUAUUUUAUUAAGGACGGGGACUGCGCUUCUUUUUUUUUUUUGGAAACGGAGUUCGCGUGCUUCGUGUGAAAGUUUUUACGUUAUUUAUUUAUUUAUUUAUUUAUUUAUUUAUUUUUUACCUCUCCUCUUCUGGAACGCAGGUGACAUUUUUUUCCCCCUCGUUUUCUCGUGAGUGAGUUGGAGUCAUGGGUCAUGACCACCGGAAAUUAUACGCCGUUUAAUUGACGGCGCACGUGCACGGUCGUUCGUGCGUCCGCCGUGUUGUUAUUGCACACGCGCGCACAGUGAAGGCUGGGAGAGCACCGGCGGCGGCGGUGGUGGUGGUGGUGUUGGUGGUGCUGCGUACUAGCCAUGGGGCUUUCUCCAUCAUGAGAGAGCCCCCCUGUCCGUCCCCAGUGUCUGCGUUGCGACUCGGACGUGCGUCAUGCGUCCUUGCAGAGCGGAGCGGCGGCCCGCGGGCGGCUUCGUCUCCAGCUCCGUCUCCGUCUCGACCUCCCGGGUAUGGAUGUGGUCUCUGACCUUGGGAUGUAUCGCUGGAUCAGUGUGGAGCUCCUCCUCGUCCGCCAGGUACAACGGGGACUCCGUGGCACCCGCAGGGCGUCCUGUAGCGUCCACCUCGCACGCGUAUCCGGAGCAGGACUCGCAUGUCCUCCACUCGGCUCCCGUCUCCAUCUACCGCACGUCGGCGUCUCUCAGGAGCGGGCACGCUGGAACGACGUUCAUCUUCGGGAAAGGCGGAGGUCUCAUCACCUACAACUGGCCGGCUAACGAGCGGCCGAGCACGCGUAUGGACGCGACUGACGGUGGGCUUUCAGCACCUCGCUGAAGGAUGGCAAUUCUGGUGCGCAUCGACAGCGCUCCGGGUCUGGGAGACUACAUCAUGCUCCACAUUGAGCAAGGCAAAAUCGGCGUCACGUUCAACAUCGGGAUGGUCGAUAUCAUCGUCCAGGAGAGCAGCAUGCCGGUGAACGAUGGCAAGUACCAUGUGGUGCGAUACACACGAAACGGGGGCAACGCCACACUUCAGGUGGACAACUGGGCCAUCAACGAGCACUUCCCCUCAGGCAACAACGAUAAUGAGCGAUUGCAAAUGGCAAAUAAGAAAAUCCCGUUCAAAUAUGCCCGGCCUGUAGAGGAGUGGCUGCAAGAGAAAGGGCGCCAGUUAACGAUCUUCAACACACAGGCCACCAUCACGAUCGGUGGCGCGGACCGCAGGAGGCCGUUUCAGGGCCAGCUCUCGGGCCUCUACUACAACGGGCUGAAGGUGCUCAACAUGGCCGCUCAGGGCAACCCGAACAUCCGGAUCAACGGCAGCGUGCGGCUUGUGGGCGACGUUCCCGCCGCCGGAUCGGCCCGCACCACGGCCAUGCCCCCGGAGAUGUCCACCACCUUCAUCGAGACCACCACCACCAUGUCCACCACCACCACGAGAAAACACCGCUCGCCACCUACAAUAUCGAGCACAGACGACAUCGUCACGUCAGCCGAGUGCUCCAACGACGACGAGGACCUGGAGGAGUGCAACUUCGAGCACGCAGGUGGGCUAGGAGGUGAAUUAGAUCCCUUAGUACUCCCUCCUGUAGCUACACGUGCACCCUUCAUCCCUCCCCCCCCAACCCUCCGCCCCCCCCUCACCAUUAUUGAGACCACCAAAGAGUCCCUGUCCAUGGCCACUGAGGCGGGCCUGCCCUGCUUGUCGGACCAAGGCAGCGAUGAUUGUGAUGAUGGUGAUGAUGAUGAUGAUGAUGAUGAUGGUGAUGAUGAUGAUGAUGAUGAUGAUGGCUUGGUGAUAUCUGGGUAUGGCUCUGGGGAAGCAUAUGACUCUAACCUGCCCACUACUGAUGAUGAAGAUGUUUACACCACCUUCUCCUUGGUCACAGAUAAGACCUUAUCCACGUCGGCCUUUGAAGGUGGCUACAAAGCUCACGCGCCUAAGUGGGAAGCCAAGGACUUUAGACCUAACAAAGCCUCCGAGCACGGUAGGACUACUACUACCGCGUCUUUUUCCCCCAAUCUGAGCCGCUCCACCACCACCACCACCACCACCUCUGCUGCCGCAGCGCCGCCCAAAUGGCCUGCGGGCAAAAUGAAUAACCGAGAGCUUAAACCCCAACCCGACAUAGUCUUGCGUCCAUUGCCCACUUCCUAUGACGUAGACCGCAAAAAGCCGAAGAGCCCGUUAAUAACCUCCCCCAUGUUCCGUAAUGUACCCACAGCGAUCCCCACGGAGCCGGGCGUCAGGCGCGUUCCCGGGGCCUCCGAGGUCGUCCGGGAAUCUAGCAGCACCACUGGAAUGGUCGUCGGGAUAGUUGCUGCUGCCGCUUUGUGCAUCCUCAUCCUCCUGUACGCCAUGUAUAAGUACAGAAACAGGGACGAGGGGUCGUACCAAGUGGACGAGAGCCGCAAUUACAUAACCAACUCGGCGCAGAGCAACGGCGCGGUCAUGAAGGACAAGCAGCACGGCUCGAAAGGCAGCAACAAGAAACAGAAAAACAAGGACAAGGAAUAUUACGUGUGAGACUGCGCGACGGCGAAACGGGUGACGCUGAGGCGUAUCAGACGUGCUGACGGAGAGAGAGAGAACAGAUUUUUCAUUUUGGCACUGUGCUGAAGCACUGAGCUCUCACACCAACUGUAAUAUAAAGCACACUAUUGUGUAAGCAUACCGCGAUGGUAAAUAGCGACAUUAGUGACCUUUAUUCUUCGAUCCGGUCGCCGGUGUUAUCAGUGUAGAAUACUUCACACCUACAUCAUUAUCCUAGAGAGAAAAAAAAAACAAAAAACAAACGUGACUUUUAAAAAGGUAU